AUGGCAAGAGACUCCCCUCCAUAUGACCAGCUAGCAGAAGAGGGCUACAUAGAUAUGGAUGUCAGCUCUGCUGCCUUCUUGUGCUACAAUAUUGCUUCUCCACCACAUUCAAGAGAAUUUGAGUUCCAAAUGUCUGCCCCACUUGAGAGAGAGCCCAUCACCUCCCCUGCUGAUGAGCUCUUCUACAAAGGGAAGCUCCUCCCCCUCCACCUCCCGCCGCGCUUGCAAAUGGUCCAAAAGCUCCUACAAAACUCCAACUUACCUGCCCCUGGAGAAACCUUGGAAGCCUUCGAAGAGGGUUUUAUCUCCGCUAACAACAACAUCAAGACUGCCUCCACCACUCCAUUUGAGUCCUGCAAUGUCUCACCUGCCACCUCUUGUUAUGUAAGCGGAGAGCUCGAUGCAGAGGACUACUACUUUGAAUGCUCUACAGAGCUUGUCCAGUCCCAACCAAAGAAGUCUUGGUCUAAGAAGCUCAAGUUCAUUAGGCAGUCGUCCCUCAGUCUCAAGCUGAAGGCUUCGAAAGCUUACUUCAAGUCCCUCUUCACCAAAACCGGAUGUUCCGAUGAGAAAUGCGCAGUCCCUAAAGUUAAGGAAUGCUCAAAUGGCCUCCUGAAGUCAUGGCAAAAGAAUCCAUUUGGGCAAAUUCAAAGGGAAAGAGUUAUGGUGGCACAUAACCAUGCCACCACAACCAUGAAGAGGCCCGAUGGCGAGAAGAUGAAAGAAGAGGAUUGCUGUCACAGGAGGUCUUUCUCAGGUGCCAUUAAGUGGCAUUCUUCAACCAAAUCCUCCUCGGUUUCUUCAUCAUGCUCUUCUUCGAACUCUUCAUCCUUUUCGAGCGUGAAUUCAAAUGGACUCUACGGGCCACCAAUUCUGAAGAGGAGUAGCAGUGUGAAUUCAGACAUGGAGAGCUCGAUCCAAGGAGCAAUUGCUUAUUGUAAGAAGUCUCAACAGCUGGUUUCAGCAAGAAAGAGUGUAAGUGAUGUUGGAUUUUGUUCCUUGACUGCUUCUAGGAUUGCAGCAGAUUGUGAGAAAGAAGAGAAGCCAGGGCUUUGUAGGCGAUGA